AUGUCUCAGCCAGCGAUCGAGCUUGGUGACCAAGUCGUAGCCACUGGACCAUCACAAGGCACGCAGGACUGUCCUACGCAACAGGACGAACUGUAUAAUGGCAGCAGCCAGUCUCAAUUACCGCCUUGCGACGGUGGCAGAGCCGCAUGGAGCCUGCUGCUUACCGCAUUCGUGUUCGAAGCGCUGCUAUGGGGCUUUCCGUUGAGUUUCGGAGUCUUCCAAAACUACUACUCCCGCCUGCCGCAGUUCAAAAAUGACCCCUUCGUGUCUGUGAUCGGGACCACGGCCUCCGGAAUAGCGUACCUGGCUGCUCCAAUCUCAAUUCCUCUGAUCAGACGUUUCGCCAACUAUAGACGUCAAAUGAUAUGGGUCGGGCCACUGUGUCUCAUGGGUCUUGUCGCAGGCUCCUUUGCAAAGUCUCUUCCAACUCUGAUACUCACCCAAGGUGUGAUGUACGGGGUUGGCUUUAUAAUCUUCUACUACCCCAUCCUCAGCAUGAUCAAUGAGUACUGGAUCGCACGACGGGGUAUGGCUUAUGGCUUCGUCUGCAGCGCUUCUGGAGUCUCCGGAGCCGCAAUGCCACUCUGUCUUGAGGCUCUCCUCGCAAGGUACGGCUACGCCACAACGUUGAGGGCUGUUGCUGUGGCACUAUUCGUAACGACUGGGCCAUUAAUUCCCUUCUUGAAGGGACGCCUUCCGGAAGCUCAAGUCAGCGGGUCAGGAAGAACAGAUUGGACCUUCCUCCGAGCUCGCGCAUUCUGGAUCUACAGUGCUUCUAACCUUGCAAUGGGUCUUGGUUACUUCUUGCCAUCGUUGUACCUCCCUUCAUACGCAACAUCGAACGGCAUGAGCGCAAGAAAAGGCGCUCUUCUGCUAGCGAUCAUGAGCGUAGCACAAGUUUUGGGCCAGCUCAGCUUUGGCUACCUGUCUGACCGCAGUCUUUCCAUUAGUCUGCUCGCUGUAAUUGCGAGCCUCACCGCCGCUGCGGCGUCGUACACAUGCUGGGGAUUAGCGCAUACCUUUGGAGUGCUGGUGGGUUUCUCCUUAAUAUAUGGCUUCUUCGGUGCCGGUUACACGGCACUAUGGGGUCGAAUGGGCACGGCCAUCAGCGGUGAGCCUACCGCCGCGUUCACGGCAUUUGGCCUGCUCAAUGCCGGGAAGGGCGUCGGAAACAUCGUUGCAGGUCCAAUUGGGGGUGCCAUACUCACCAGCACUGUCAACAUUCAUCGGUACGGCUCGAUGAGAUAUGAAGCGGUGGUGCUCUUCACAGGCUCGUGCAUGUUGAUCAGUGCUGCAACACUUGCUCUGUUCGGUAGAAAGAUUGGUCGCAGAUCUAGGAGUCAGUAA